AUGUCAAAUUAUUUUUAUUAAAUACUUAUAUAAUAUAUUUUCAAGAUAAAAAAAGUGAAUAUUGCACGACAAAGUUUUUAUUAAUUUACUAGAUGUAUUUAUGCAUAUUUUAUCUUUUUAAGAAAGAAAUUGGAAGACAUCUAAAGGAGUAUGAUGAAAAAGUUUAACAAAGCAAUAAUAAUGAUAAUAGAAUUCUGAUAAUUAAUAAAAAAGGAUAAAAAGCAAUUACACUCUUUCUCAAUUCUCCAUAAAAAUAAUAUAGUUGUUAAGGAUCAUAAAAAAAUAAUUCUAAAAAGUUUUCGCAACAACAUUAAAUAUUUUUUGAUAUUAACUAAUGAUAUUCCUCUAUCAGAAAGAGUGGUUAAAAGAUGUAAUAUAGCCUAGAAAAAUUGUUAUUUUGGACUGAAUACCCAAACCCAAUAAACUCAAAGAUCAGAAUUUAAAUCAAUAAAUGGAGAAAUAUGUUAAUCCCUAUUGAGUAAAACUUAAAGAAAUGAUAAGAUGGACAUUAUAUAAGAAAGAAUCAAUACAUACUAAUAUAUUUUAUGUGAAUAAAGAUUUAAGAAUUACUUAAAUAUAGAAAAAUAGAGAUUGAAAUUGGUUGAAGAAUAAUUGAAAAAAAUCAGUUCAUAUUAGAAGAACUAGCAUAAGAGCUUGAAAUAUUUAUUAGUAAUAAAGCCAUUUUAGAUUCUAUUAAAAGUUUAGAUUAAUAAAUUUACAAAAAUGGGCUUAAUUUUAUAAACUACAGAAAAGUUACUUAAAGAGUUAUACGAAUUUAUACAAUAAGCUUAAAUAAAAUUUUUUAAAAAAGAAUAAGAAUAAAUUUAUUGA